GGUACUGUUUUUUUUUUUUUUUCAUUCUUAAGUUGGAAUUCAGUUUGAAUGCCAACCCCAGCCCUUUUAGUUUUUAUUUCUGCAAACUGCUGAAAGGGGGUUUUGAACAGAGUGUAGUGCAGGUAUAAAAUGAGAGAAAAAUUCCUUCACUUUUGUUGGAACAGCUGUGAAAAUCCUUGGAUUAUGAAGUAGAGAAAGUGCUGCACAAUUCUAGUGUGUCUGAUAUGGCCUCAUAAAUAAAUAAAUGCUUGUUGCAAGAAUGGUCCAACUGAUUUUAUUUGUGUAAUUUCAGGGUUUGUAUUUGUUAUUGAGAAUUGGAAUCGCAGCCAAGUGUGUUAGGCUGUGGAAGUGCUUGGCUGUACCUUCAGUUCCUUUGGCCAUGGUGGAGUGGAUGCUCCACCAGGUUCGAGUCGAGCUCCGGGUGCUUGGUCUCUGUAAAUGAACACAGUGAGUCUUCUCUCCUUGAUUCAGUGGGGGUGAGUUCAUUUAUGAUGGAUGAGCUUAAAACCUAGCAGGAAAAGUAGAACAACAUCAUGAUUUGAAGCCCAUAUGUUUACAUGAUUAAACUAAGACAAAGAUAGUCAAACAAAGGUGUUUUUCUCUCCCAGUGCUUUAGGGUAAUAGCAGUGUGUAGUAUCCCCAUUUACCGUCCCUUGGUCGGCACAUUCUUCGGUAUCCUUAGUCUUGCUCUCAUACUUCACAUAUUUUGCUGCUAAAAAAAAGCACAAGUUCCUCUAAGUACAGAUUUGGCUUUGAGAAGUUGUUUUUAGUAAAAAGAAGUGUGAGUUGGUCCACUGAGAGAAGCCUCUCAUUGUUUGCAGCUAGAACUUGGGGGGACCCUUCUGACAGAUGGCGGGUGGCCUCCCUGGUAGGUAUUUGCUGCUCAGUUGUUGAGGACAGUCUGAGCAAUUGCUGGUCCUGUAAUGGCGAUCUGAGCCUUCACGGUGAGGUGUGAAUUUCAAGCACCCCUUCAGCCCUCCCUGUACAAUGUUUGUUUGUUCUUCACGUUGUUGAAGAAGUCCCCUGCCUUCGUCUGAAUGGGCACUAGCUAGACCAGUCUGACCGUAGAUGCGGAAGGCUUCAUGUUUCCUUUGUCCUUUGCUGCUGUUCCUGAGUGCAGCAAGUCUCUGAUCACAUGUGCCCAGGCAGCAGCUGCUGUGUGUCUGCUUCACUGAUUUGCCAUCUCGCUGUCCUCUUUCGGAGGGGGUUGUGCUCACCCUGGCUCCCAAUUCGGGAAGCGCCUUGACUGCCGUGUCUCUUCUGCAUAGGCUCGAGCCACUCAUCUUUGCCACCUCAAGUCAGCUGCUAAUCCAGCACUGAUGUCCGGGUCAAGAACAAGGUGGCAGGCGCUCCAACGACUGGCUGCGAUUGCUGGCUCCUGCUGAUGUUUUCUGUUACUAUGGCCAUGACGGCAGGGAGCGCAACCACCUUUCCUAUGAGCAACCAUACCCGGGAGAGAGUGACUGUAGCCAAGCUCACACUGGAGAAUUUUUACAGCAACCUGAUUCUACAGCAUGAAGAGAGAGAAACCAGGCAGAAGAAAUUGGAAGUGGCCAUGGAAGAAGAGGGCCUGGCAGAUGAAGAGAAAAAGUUGCGCCGAUCACAACAUGCUCGCAAAGAAACAGAGUUCUUGCGGCUCAAGAGGACUCGCCUGGGCCUGGAUGACUUCGAGUCUCUGAAGGUCAUAGGGAGAGGAGCUUUCGGAGAGGUGCGAUUGGUCCAAAAGAAAGACACAGGUCAUAUCUAUGCCAUGAAGAUACUAAGAAAGGCUGAUAUGCUUGAAAAAGAGCAGGUGGCCCAUAUCCGAGCAGAGAGAGAUAUUUUGGUAGAAGCAGAUGGUGCCUGGGUGGUGAAGAUGUUUUACAGCUUUCAGGAUAAGAGGAAUCUUUAUCUCAUCAUGGAAUUUCUUCCUGGAGGUGACAUGAUGACGUUGCUAAUGAAGAAAGACACCUUGACAGAAGAGGAGACACAGUUCUACAUUUCAGAGACUGUUCUGGCAAUAGAUGCGAUCCACCAGUUGGGCUUCAUCCAUCGGGAUAUUAAACCAGACAACCUUUUAUUGGAUGCCAAGGGUCAUGUAAAAUUAUCGGAUUUUGGGUUAUGCACAGGAUUAAAGAAAGCUCACAGGACUGAAUUCUACAGAAAUCUCACACACAACCCACCAAGUGACUUCUCUUUUCAGAACAUGAAUUCAAAGAGGAAAGCAGAAACGUGGAAGAAGAACAGGAGGCAGCUGGGAAAAAAAAUGAAUACCGCUGAAAACUGUGGUGGGAAUUCUGUACCCCCCUUGAUGGAAGAGUCACAGGCGUAUUCCACGGUUGGGACGCCGGACUACAUUGCUCCAGAAGUGUUCAUGCAGACUGGCUACAACAAGCUAUGUGACUGGUGGUCUCUGGGAGUGAUUAUGUAUGAAAUGCUAAUAGGAUACCCCCCUUUCUGCUCUGAAACACCUCAAGAAACUUACAGAAAGGUGAUGAACUGGAAAGAGACGCUGGUGUUUCCUCCAGAGGUGCCCAUAUCCGAGAAAGCCAAGGACUUAAUUCUCAGAUUUUGUAUUGACUCUGAAAACAGAAUUGGAAAUAGUGGAGUAGAAGAGAUAAAAGGGCACCCCUUCUUUGAAGGUGUAGAUUGGGGGCACAUCAGGGAAAGGCCAGCAGCAAUCCCUAUAGAAAUCAAAAGUAUUGAUGACACUUCAAAUUUUGAUGACUUCCCUGAAUCUGAUAUUUUACAACCAGUGCCAAACACCACGGAAGCAGACUACAAGUCCAAAGACUGGGUUUUUCUCAAUUAUACCUAUAAGAGGUUUGAGGGGUUGACUCAGCGUGGCUCCAUCCCUACCUACAUGAAAGCUGGGAAGUUAUGAACGAAGAUGGCAUUCACCCACAGCCAAGAGAACUCAGGUAGCUGCAUCACCAGGCUUGCUUGGCAUAGGGCACAGCACACGGAAACACUCCUGAGGACGGAUGGUGGUGCUCUCUGACUACAAGAGGAAAUUCUACGGGAUUAGGAUUUCUAAGACUACUACAGGAAUUGGUUGGCAGUGCCAGCUGGCUUUUUUUUUUAAUAUUUUAUUCUUUUUAACUUUAUUAUAUAAAGGUACUGGAAUACAAGGAAUGUGCAUCCCUCUCUUAGUGCACUGCCUACCUGUGUAAUAAGGUCCAGUCUGCCUGUGUGUGCCAUGGCUUUGAACUGUAACACCUCUGAUCAGUUCAGGAGAUCACAUAUCACUUAAAGCAACAUAGGCUAACCUGUAGGUGACACUGCAGUCCUGCUGUUUUCCUGCAAAUCCUAAGGGUUUAGAUAAUCAGUAAAAGCCAUCUUCCAUAGUUGGUGUUAGAACAUUUGCCCUAUUGGUUUGGACACCUGUAGAAUAUAUAUGAAGAUAUUUCUGUAAUGGUUUCAUGAAAUCUAAGGAGAAAAUACACUGGUUGUUUUAAGCAAUUAGAAUUUAUCAUCCAGUCAUUACACAAACACUACAGUAGGGUGUGACAAGAUCAUAAUAAGAAAGAGGAAGUUUAACACCUUCACUCAAGCAGUCCACUAAUGUAUUCACUUCGCAUUCAGAAAUACUGACCUUUAUAUAUGUAGUCUGUAUGCUAACAGGGAGAUGUUCUGUGUCAUACAAAAUGGGAGUUGCUCUCCUUGUGACAAGAGGACACAGCAUUAUUUUAAUUUGAUUCUGGUGAGUUAGAUUCAAGAAACGACUAUGACAGCUGCUGGUAGAACUAGUGUAUUUUUUAUUAAACUAUUUUUUUAAAUGUCAGACUUCUGACAACGCUAUUAACUUUGGUUUUCUAGAAAGUUGUUCCAUAUCAUGGCUGGUUAAGGUUCAGUCCCUUUGAUAGCACUUGUGUUCCUGUGCUCCAAAUGUACCAAAGAUCCUGAACGGAGCGGACGGCCACCACCGAGGAGGACUUGCCUUUACCGGAUUCAGACCAGAUCCUUGUGAGGCCCAGCUCAUCCAAGAGCACUGCUGCUCAUGUUUAGCUCCAUCACAGUGAUUAGGGCAGACUGAAUUCAGGAUGCAAGUGCAGGCCGAGGGGGAUUGUGAUUAGACAGAAUUAAAUGACCUUUCGUGGCCCAACAUUGUCCCUCCAACAUGACUCGGUAAGUUUGGUGUUGGUAGCACUCUCUGAGAAGCAGUCCUUAUCCAGGAGUCACCUCCUGUUUGCUCUUACGUGAAGAUGCAGUUAGGACGGUUCCCAGUGCUCUGAAUCCAGUCCCCGUUUGGGGGGGAGUUGCACAGGAACCUUAGGCAGUGACAGCAGCUGUUGCAGAGGUACUGCUAGGCAGCUCCCUAGGCUCUUGGUCAGGUGCUAACUGCUGAGUACUGGCCUGAUGUGCUGUUGGUAGCCCGUCUCCACUUUUCCAUCUGGAUCAUGUGGCUGAGUGAGCUAUUAAAACUCUGAGUUUAUCUCAAUUGGACUAGCUCUGAGUUUUCUGAAUGUAAUUGCCUUUCAUUUUUGAAAAACAUCCAGAACAUCUGCUGGGGUCUAUGGGGUCUUUAUGCUUCACCUUCCUCUCCCGCUGGGGUGGUCACGAAUAGGUGAGAAGCAAGGUUGAGCCACAUUGUCUUGUUCUAGUGAGACAGUUGUCUCCAGAUGGAAACUUGGUGGAGGUUGACUGGAAGGAGUUGAAUUACCUAAGUCGACUUCUUAGUUGCCUGCGCAGAGAGCAGGGAGGAUUCUGGUGUCAGUUCUGUGGGAGCAGUCGGGAUUUCCUGGGGGGUGUGGGAGGGAAGGCCAUGUGGAAGGGUCUGUCCUACCCCCGGGGUAACCGAGUGGUUCACAAUCUUUGGGGAUUUCCCCUCAUCAAGAAGCAUUUCUUAAGUGCCUAUCUAAAAGCAAUCCGAGACUGUGUGUGCCCUCUGGAAGCCAAGAAUUUGAUUCAUGAUGCAAAUGGACAAGAUGAUUCGCAGAGUUCCCUUGAGAUGGAAUUUUCUCUGUUACACAUCUCCCAUAUUUCAGGUGAAUCAUUUCAUUUAAACAACAGAACCCUAUCUGAUCAACUGGGCGUAAUGACAUUUUCUUUAAAUUAGGCUCUAUUUUGAAUUAAAAGAGUUUUAUUAUAAACAAUGUGUGGUUUUGGUUUUUCUACGUACACAGAAAGCUUGUAUAAUUCUUAAUUAUUGGUUUCCUGAUUUAAUGUAGACUCUUUUUUAUUAAAAACCUUUGUAUUAAAACAAAUAUGUUAUUUUUGUUUAUGCAUUUAUUGGUAACAUGGAUUUAAAUCUUGAAAUCUAUGGAAGCAUUGUGCUGUCUGGAAAAUAAGGAAUUACUUAUAAAUCAGCUGCUUAAUAAAUAUAGCCCAUUUAGUUGACUGGAAAAUGGGAAACAUGAAAUAUUAAAAAGUCAUUGGUUGCUAAGGCAGGAUUAAGGUAGAGUUUAUCUCUGUAACAGCAUACUUUUUGUUUGUUUAAACACCUGCAUAUCUUUGUAUGAACCUGUAACCUUUAAAAUAUUUUCAAGUA